AUGGUCGGAGACUCGACAUCGACAAGUCCCCGGAGUGUCCGCGAGGAGCGGCGCGUCCUCGCCGUCGGCCUCGCCUUCUUCGUCACCACCGUUGCGACGCUGGCCGUCCGUCCGCGCGUGCGCCGCGCGCGGGGCCUCGCCUCGGCCGGCCGUUUCGCGUCUGCUCCCCUCCGCGCUGCGCCUAGUUUCCGGCCGGAACGCGCGUUCGCUCCUCCACAUACAUCUACUCCUGCCGCGUCCUCGAACUGCUUCGCUCGCCUCCAUCCCGAGCGCCAGCAGCGGCUGAACUCCUGCUCCUCGACCAGCGCAGCUGCCCGUCCGCCCGCACCGCCGCGGGCUGCCCCGCUGCUGCCCUGCAGCUCCCGACGCCGACGAACUCCACCUCGCUGCUCCAACCCCGCCCAGGCUCCCUGCAGCUCCGCAGCUACCCCCGCGUCCGGCCUCUCGUCGCCACCUGGGGCCCCCUCGCGCCCAGCGUCCGCACUCGGACGUGGCGAUCUCCAUGUCCUGCCGCCUCCUUGCACGCGUGCCGGCUUGGCCUCCCGCGGCCGCGUGCUAGUUCGGCUGGCUGAUGUCGUGCCCGUCACCGGUCCUGCGCUUGCGGUCCGCCUGGCCGUCCUCGCGCCACUCCGGCCGCCUCCCGCGGUUGUCCCGCGCCGGCUCCGCGUGCCGGGCCACCUGCUCCGCGCGCCGGGUCUGCGUCCCGCCUGGCCCACUCCAACAUGCGACUCCGACCCCGCGUGCGCCGACUUCGCGUCGCCAUCCAGCGCCCGGCCUCCGCGGCCGUGCGCGCGCCGACUCGCCCGCCCGUCCAGCUUCGCUCGCGCCGGCCUCCCGCCCUCCGCGCAACCCGGCCCGGCCGGGUCCGCGCCUCCUGGGUUCGGCUCCGCUCGCCACCGCGCCCGCUCGGCCGGCUCCUCCACUCAGCCCCGCCUUGCGUGGCCACCCGGCGGCGCGGAGAUAAAGAGAAAGAAGAAAGUCAAUGGACCGGCUGGAAGAAAGAAAAGGGCCGGCUGCUAG